UAUAAGGAGGAGCCCGUCGUCCGGUGGUGGCCAACAUCCGUAAUUUCAAGCCUCUCCAUACUUCUAGUAAGAUUAAGAUAGCCGUCGGCGAGGGUGGUCUGGUCGUCGCUAUGGCUCGUUUCUCGUUGCUCCGGUCUUGUCUGCUCUUCUUUCUCGUCGCUUCGAUGUGCUUCGUUGAAGUUUCGCUGGCUGGUGGAGAAGGAUCGCUUCGUCCGGAGCAAUGCGCCGCCGCGUGCGACUACCGGUGCUCGGAGACGUCUCACAAGAAGCCGUGCCUGUUCUUCUGCAACAAGUGUUGCGCCAAGUGCCUGUGCGUCCCCUCCGGCAAGUACGGACACAAGGAGGAGUGCCCGUGCUACAACAAUUGGAAGACGAAGGAGGGAAAACCCAAGUGCCCUUGAAGAAUUUUUAUCCAUUCCGAGUUGUUCAAUAACGUAGAAAUGCAA